AACCAAUGGCUGUUCCGUAAAUAUUUGUCAAAGUCCUUGUAAAGUCAAAAUCUCGUGUUUUACCGCAAAACCUAAAACCACCAUAACCGCCCAUACUCAACUCUGAAUCUCACACACACACGCACUAGGGUUUUAAGUAUUGAUGUAUCUAUUUAGAUAAAAGAAAAAAAAAAUGGGGAAAAGUAGACCUAGGGCUGCCGAAAAGAGAGUGUUAGGGCAAGGAUCAAUAGCAUUAGCAUCCUCUUCCGUGUCCACUAUACCGUCUGCACCCGUUUAUUACCCUACCGAAGACGAAUUCAAGGAUCCCUUAGCCUACAUUUAUAAGAUCCGUCCCGAGGCUGAACAGUUUGGCAUUUGUAAAAUCGUACCGCCGGGGAAUUGGAAGCCCCCCUUUGCCCUAGAUUUGGACAAGUUCACGUUUCCCACUAAAACGCAGGCGAUACACCAGUUGCAGGCCCGGCCGCCUGCGUGUAACUCGAAAACGUUUGAGUUGGAGUAUAAUAGGUUUCUGGAGGAACAUUGUGGGAAAAAAGCUGUCAAGAAGAAGGUGGUUUUUGAAGGGAAGGAGUUGGAUUUGUGUCGGUUGUUUAAUGGGGUGAAACGGUAUGGAGGGUAUGAUAAUGUCGAGAAGGAGAAGAAGUGGGAAGAGGUUUUUCGGUUUGUGAGGUCGGGUGGGAAGGUUACUAAGUGUUCUAAGUAUGUGUUGAGUCAGCUGUAUAAAGAGCAUUUGUAUGAUUACGAAGUUUACUAUAGUAAGUUGGAUAGGAUUAAGGAGAAGAGUUGCAAGAGAGGUAUGGAUGUUGAGAAGAAAGGUGGGCAGAAAAGCUGUAAGAGAAGUCGGGUUAGUGAAGCGGGUCAGAAAGUUGAAACAAGUAAAGUGCUAGAGGAACAAGUGUAUGAUCAGAUAUGCGAACAAUGUAGAAGUGGGUUGCAUGCCGAAGUAAUGCUGUUGUGUGAUAGGUGUAAUAAGGGAUGGCAUAUAUAUUGUUUGUCGCCACCGUUGAAACGGGUUCCACCUGGUAAUUGGUAUUGUUCGGAGUGCUUUAACUCCGAGAAGGAUAGCUUUGGUUUCGUGCCUGGUAAACAGUUGUCGUUAGAAGCUUUUAGGCGUGUGGCUGAUCGGGCUAAGAAGAAAUGGUUGGGUUCAACAUCUGUCUCAAGGGCACAAUUGGAGAAGAAGUUUUGGGAAAUAGUUGAAGGAUCGGUUGGUGAAGUUGAAGUUAUUUAUGGCAGUGAUCUGGAUACGUCUGUCUAUGGUAGUGGCUUCCCCCGUGUAGGUGAUCAAAGACCAUCGUCUAUAGAGAUCGAUGGAUGGGAUGAAUACUGUGCUAGCCCAUGGAAUCUUAACAAUUUGCCCAAGUUACAAGGGUCGAUGCUUCGUGCUGUUCAUCAUAAUAUUGCUGGUGUUAUGGUUCCUUGGCUUUACAUUGGGAUGCUAUUUUCAUCUUUUUGCUGGCACUUUGAAGACCAUUGUUUCUACUCCAUGAAUUAUCACCACUGGGGAGAGCCUAAAUGUUGGUACAGCGUCCCUGGCAACGAAGCUAGUGCUUUUGAGAAGGUCAUGCGGAGCAGCCUUCCUGAUUUGUUUGACGCACAACCUGACCUGCUUUUUCAGCUGGUCACUAUGCUGAAUCCAUCAGUCCUGCAAGAAAAUAAUGUUCCAGUUUACAGUGUGUUACAGGAACCUGGAAAUUUUGUCAUUACCUUCCCUAGAUCUUAUCAUGGAGGUUUCAACUUUGGCUUAAAUUGUGCUGAAGCCGUGAAUUUUGCACCAGCUGAUUGGCUACCUUAUGGUGGUUUUGGAGCAGAGCUUUAUCAGCAUUAUCGUAAACCUGCUGUCUUGUCUCAUGAAGAACUGCUUUGUGUAGUAGCCAAGAAUGAUUUUGAUGGCAAUGCGUUACCUUACCUGAAGAACGAGUUGCUUCGGGUAUAUAAUAAAGAAAAGAGUUGGAGAGAACGACUUUGGAAAAAUGGCAUUAUUAGAUCUUCACCCAUGGCACCUCGGAAGCAGCCAAAUUAUGUUGGUGUUGAAGAGGAUGCAGCAUGCAUCAUAUGUCAGCAGUUCUUGUAUCUUUCAGCUGUUGGUUGCAGCUGCAGGCCUUCUGCGUUUGUUUGUCUGGAGCACUGGGAAAAUCUGUGUGAAUGCAAGUUUCGCAAACGCCAUUUUCUUUACCGCCACACACUUGCAGAAUUGAAUGAUUUGGUCAUUAUGAAGGAGGAUCCCGACUCUGAGGAAAUGACCCAAAGAAACAAGCGAACCCAUUUGACUUGUCCUAAUGAGUCAUCCCCUCUAUCAAAAAAGGUUAAAGAUGGCCAUGUAACAAUUACGCAACUUGCUGAAGAGUGGACCCUGAGGUCUUGUAAAAUUCUUCAGAUGCCAUAUUCAAAUGUUGCUUAUGCCACUGCCUUGAAGGAAGCUGAACAGUUUCUUUGGGCUGGUUCUGAAAUGGAUCCAGUCCGAGAACUGGCAAAAAACUUGGUUAAAGCUCAGAAAUGGGCAGAAGGUGUAAGAGACUGUCUUUCAAAAGUCGAGUUGUGGUCAUCUCAACAAAAUUGUAAGAUGAAGAGAGUUAAUAUGGAAGAUCUGGCCACUUUGCUUAAUGUCAGUCCUGUGCCAUGUAAUGAACCUGGACAUCUGAAGUUAAAGAGUCAUGAAGAAGAAGCGAGAGUGCUGAUUCAAGAAAUUUGUUUAGCCCUAACAACAUCCUCCAAUAUUGCUGAUCUGGAAACCUUGUACUCCAAAGCUUGCAAGUUCGCUAUCUAUGUAAAAGAAAGCGAUGAAUUAUCGACUAAACUGUCAGCUGUGAAGCUCUGGCUACACACGGUAAGAAAAUGCAUCUCAGAGAAAGCUCCUGGUUUGAUCGAGGUUGAUGUUGUCAAUGACUUGAAAUCAAAGAUAGCAGAACUUCAACUCCAAGUUUCCGAAAUACCUACGUUUUUGGAUCUUGUAUCUCAAGUUGAAUUAUGUCAAUCUCGAUGUACUGAGAUGUUGAAAGGUCCAAUAGCACUAAAGAACCUUGAACUGCUAGUCCAAGAGUAUGAUGGUUUUACUGUCAAUGUUCUGGAGUUAAAACUUUUAAGGCAAUAUCAGAGUGAUGCCUUUGAUUGGAUAUCUCGUUUUCAUAAUGUUGUGAAGAACAUUAAUGAGAGGGAGGAUCAAGAAAAUGUUGUUAAUGAGUUGAAAUGCCUUCAAAAAGAUGGAUCAUUGUUGAAAGUUCAAGUUGACGAGAUACCUCUUGUUGAUGUGGAGUUGAAGAAGGCUUUCUGCAGGGUCGAAGCGUGGAAGAUCCUUCGUAGUAAAAUGCCUUUCGAAUCUAUUCAGAAAGUAGUUGCUGUGGCCAACGAACUACAUAUUGAGAAUGAGAUGGUUUUCAAGAAAAUUUCUGAUGUACUUGCUCAAGCUGUGUGCUUGGAAGAAAAAGCAAAACAUAUUCUUGCCACCGAGGUUCAGCUGUCUGAUUUUGAGGAUGUCGUAAGGAUGUCGGAGGAUCUUUGUGCACUUCUACCUUCAUUUGAUGGUGUUAAAACAGCUUUAUCAAUGGCAAAGUCGUGGUUAACUAAGUGUAAACCCUAUUUGGAAUCUGAUUUUUCGAUGUCGGUUGCAAAUCCGUUGCUCAAUGUUGACAUGCUGAAGGAGCUGGUUUCAGAAUCAAAGCUACUGAAGGUAUAUUUGGACGAGCGGUCUCUGCUCGAAGAUGUUUUACAAAAUUAUAUGCAGUGGGAGGCUAAUGCCUGUACUGCAUUGCAUGAUGCUGAGUCACUGUUGAACAUUCUUAAUGUUGGGGAUGAGAGUUCUUAUUUCAUCCCCAAAAUUUCGGUUCAGGCUGCUAAAAUGGAGUCCAUAAUGAAGAAUGAGUUAUCACAUCGUUUUGACUCCCUUGUGAUUGCAAAACUACAAGAAACUUGUGCGAUUUUUCAUUGGUGCUUCAAGGCGCUUGCUUUCCGUGCUGUUGCUCCCUCACUCAAAGAAAUUGAAAUGUUGUUGGAGGAUGCUGAACGUCAUAAUGUUAAAUAUGCAUCGCGUUCUUUCUGGAAGUCAUUGGUUGAUGGGCUUACUUGGCUUAAGCGAGCUGUUGAGAUUCUUGGUCCAUGCAAAGUUCAAAGAUUUAAUUUGAAUGAUGUUGAAGAAGCUCUUAGACAAUCGAAGAUAUUAGAAGUAUCCUUCCCAUUGAUCGUUGGCCAAUUACAUGAUGCUAUCAACAGACACAAUGUAUGGGUCGAUGUAGUGAAAGAAUUUUUCAGCCGCAGCCCUAGAAAUCGAUCAUGGUUUUCGUUAAUGCAGCUCGAGGGGCUUGGCAGCACUGAUGCUUUGAAUUGCAUGGAAAUGGAUUUGGUCACAUCUGAAAUGCAAAAAGUCAAAGAGUGGAAGCAGAGAUGCGGAGACAUUGUUGGGGUUAAGGUUCCUGAUGAUGACCUGCUGCUGAAUGCUCUAUCUAAGAUUUUAGAUAGUCUAGACAGAUCUUUGUAUGUGUAUAAGAAUGUUGGUGGUUGCACCCAAAGAAGUGUUUGCAUAAUCUGCUCAAACGACUAUCAAGAUCAGGAGCUCUCAACUUGUUCUGUGUGCAUGGAUUGCUACCAUACGCAGUGUAUAAAACCAAUUUUUGGCGGUACAAGUUAUGCAGCAACUCAUAUAUGUCCUUAUUGCCAUAUCGUUGAGAGUGGCAAAGUCUCUCGAUUGAAAUUUGACACAAAACGUACUGAGUUGAGUAUGCUUGUAGAGCUUCUAUCUGAUGCUAAAAACUUAUGUGUAGAGAUCAAGGAAAAAGCUAUAAUACAUCGAAUACUUGAGAAAUUUUUGGCAUACAAAGAUUGCUUGGUCAAAACUUCAGAAUUUUCUUUGGGUUCUCUAGGCAAAGACCCGAGCGUGGUAUUUUGUAAACUAUCCACUGCUUUAAAGGCAAUAGAGGUGGCUGGAGUUUAUGAGCGGGAAACUAAUUGCAAGUUUGAGCUUGCAUUGGCAAGAAAUUCUUGGAGAGUCCGGGCAUAUAAGUUAUUAGACGGUUCACAAAAGCCUUCAAUGCAACAGAUCCAACGCCUUUUAAAAGAGGGUCUUGCUAUAAAUGUUCCCUUGGAAGAUUAUUUCUGCAAUAGACUCGAGACAGUACGGCACUUUGGUUUGCAAUGGGCAGCGAAGGCCAAAAAGGUUUCGGGGGAUUCUGGUGCACUUGAAUUGUAUAAAGUAUUUGAACUUAUAGCAGAAGGGGAAAAUUUUCCGGUGCACUUUGACAAGGAACUCAAGUUAUUAAGAGAGCGCAGUAUGCUUUACUGCAUUUGUAGGAAGCCCUACGAUCAGAGAGCAAUGAUUGCUUGUGAUAAAUGUGACGAAUGGUAUCACUUUGAUUGUAUUAACUUAGCUUCAGCGCCAAAGAAUUACAUUUGCCCUGCAUGCAAGGUUGAUGUAGCCGAUGAAGCUAAAUGCACGUCGUCAUCAGUGUGGCAAGAAAGGUCUUAUGGUGAAUGCGAAGAGCCUCAAACACCAUCUCCGAGACCAGUGGAGUUGAGGAGGGAAUUGGAGAAAUUCAAUUCAAAUGCAACUAGAAAGGUAGCUGAUAGUGAUGACAUUAGUACCCGGAGACGUAGUGGCAUUGAACGCCUUUUAUGGAGAAACCGGAAGCCUUUUAGAAGAACAUCUAAAAGGCGUGUAGAGCUUGAAGUUUUUUCUCCAUUUUUUCAUGUACAGUAAUGGUGGAUUGAAUGGAAGUUUGAUCAUUUAAUUCAUUAAUUGAUUCUAGGGCUUACAUAUCAUUAUAGCAACGUUGCCUUUUUGUUUUGUUUGUUUAGUCGUAGCUCAGGUAGGCAUACUAGAUUUGUCAUCUUUUGAUGUUUAGUUUUCUUGUAACCAUUUUGUUUACCACUAACUGCUAAUAUAUGCGUAUAAGAGCAUCAACAAUGCAUAUAAGUUGAUAAGUUCAAUAACAUUGGGUCCGUUUUGUUUUCCUUUUGCUUUUAA